CAUGAUUUGACAGGGGGAGGAUACUGAGUCAAUCCAUUUCCUCUCUCCUCCCCCAGCUGAGCUAUCCCCGAGCACUCACCCUGUGCAGCGGCGGCAGAGAUUUCCUCCUGUUCCGUCCACGGCCUGGACAUGUUUCGCUGGCUGCUUGCCCUCUGCUUCCUGGGCUGUAUCUCGGACGCUCGCCACCUCGCUCAGCCCUGCUACAAACCGGGCAAAAGAGGCCAGGGAGUCAGGUCUUACCCUCGGCCCCAUGAACACCUACCUGUUGCUGCACUGCCGAAGGCAUGGGACUGGCGCAACGUGAACGGGACGAACUUUGUCAGCACCACCAGAAACCAGCACAUCCCGCAGUACUGUGGAUCGUGCUGGGCUCACGGGAGCACCAGUGCUAUGGCAGAUCGGAUUAACAUAAAGCGCAAGGGUGCCUGGCCGUCUGCUUACUUGUCAGUUCAGCACAUCAUCGACUGUGGCAACGCAGGCUCCUGUGAAGGCGGUGAUCACUUCGGGGUGUGGGAAUAUGCUCACACGCACGGCAUUCCAGAUGAGACCUGCAACAACUACCAGGCCAAGGACCAAGCAUGUGUGCCGUUUAACCAGUGUGGCACUUGUACAACUUUUGGUGCCUGCCAUAUAGUCAAGAAUUACACGCUCUGGAAGGUCGGUGACUAUGGCCAUGUCAGUGGUCGAGAGAAGAUGAUGGCAGAGAUCUAUGCCAAUGGUCCAGUCAGUUGCGGCAUUAUGGCUACGGACAAGCUGGAAGCCUACAGCGGAGGAGUGUACUCUGAGUUCCACAUGGAUUCAAUCAUAAACCAUAUUGUGUCAGUGGCAGGCUGGGAUGUGGACAAUGAUGGAACUGAAUAUUGGAUCGUGCGCAACUCUUGGGGCGAACCAUGGGGGGAGAGAGGUUGGCUCCGAAUCGUCACCAGUGCCUACAAAGGAGGAAAAGGAAAACUUUACAACCUGGCGAUAGAAGAUGACUGUGUCUAUGGGGACCCCAUUUUGUAGUAGAUUGUGAAUUUAACAUGGUACAAUUGCAAAUCUACUCUACAGCUUUAAAAGAAUAUUUUUAAGGUGAUUGUCAAAUGUGGGAUACAGAUAAUUUUACAAACUAUGCUUGUACUAGGAAAACUGCAUUGAGUGCAGAAGUAAUUUUUUUAAAUAAAAGAUGGAAUUAUACAAA